GUUAACAAUCACUUCCCUCCUAAUCUCAGAACGUUCACGUUCUGCCAAAAAUCCUCCCCAGCCAGCUGAUCUUUCAUCUUCCUUAGCUUCUUACAGGAAAUGAAAUCUUUCACUCUAUUGUUCGUCGUGAUCGUGUUCAUCGAUAUCUGCCAUUCGUCAUACGGAAGCGGCAAUCUUGGCAGCAAUGAUGCUUCUUUAGGAGCUGCAAGUAAUGAAUCCAUAUCUCGUUUACUUGCUCAAUCAGCUCACGCCAAAGCCAGAGGUGCGAGUUGCAAGAAAUAUCCGUUCGUUUGCCGACUUCGCGGCAGCGCCGGGCCGGACUGCUGCAAGAGCCACUGCGUCAACACCUUCACCGAUAAAAGCAACUGUGGCCGGUGCGGGAAGAAGUGCAAGCACGGAGAGACGUGCUGCGGAGGGCAGUGCGUCCACCUAUCCUUCAACAAAAGCCACUGCGGCCGCUGCUUCAACAGGUGCAGCAAUGGAGAUUCCUGCUCCUACGGUCUCUGCGGUUACGCUUGAUUCUUGGUGGCCAUGCAUAAAGAUUAUACAGGGUCAUUUGUUGUUCCUUAAAAUGUGCCGAUAGAGUUGUGGUUGUGUAGGUCGAAUCCUCGAUUUAAUUAAUUUAUUCAUAUA